CACCAUCAAAUUUUGGGAACAGCGGACAUCCUAAGCUCAUACACAUCACGGAGAAAUAACAAACCGUCAAAAGGAUCAAAAAUUCUUCUGCCAUGAGCUACUCAAGUCUCUCACCUCUGACUGGACCAAACCCCACCCCUGACCCUGAUGAUGAAAAUGCUGUGAAAAAUGACUAUUCCGCAGCCAUUGGUGCCCUCAUCCUCAGCUUGGUCUUCCUCCUGGGCGUCCCUGGAAAUCUCUUCAUUGUCUGGAGCAUCCUGGCCCGCUGCCAACAACGCUCAGUCACCACUCUCCUCAUCCUUAACUUGGCAUGUGCUGAUGGGUUCCUCAUGGCUCUCACCAUCUUUUUCAUCAUCUACCUGGUCAUGCAGACGUGGGUCUUUGGAAACGCCAUGUGCAAAAUCCUGUUCUACCUGUGCAACUCCAACAUGUAUGCGUCAAUCUUUCUGAUAACCCUGAUGAGCGUGCACAGGCUGUUGGCCAUAGUCUUUCCACACACACUGUAUCGCCUGAUCACCAGGAAGGUUGUGAGGAGGGUGAUCCUAGGCACAUGGGUGCUAGUGAUGGUCAUGUCUAUCCCCUCAUUGGUGUUUCGAGAUGUGAAAAAAGAAACUGAUGAUAUGAAUCAAACAACAUAUGUGUGUGCAUCCAAUCACACACUGCGUAGACAUGUGAGGUUUCAGUACGCAUUUGAGACAGUGGCAGGAUUCAUUAUUCCUUAUGCAAUCAUUAUAACCUGCUAUGUUGUCAUCCUGAAACGCUUGAGGGAGACCAAGUUCCAACGAAAUGCCCGCAGCGAGAAACUCAUCCUGGCUAUUGUCAUCACAUUUGGUCUGUUCUGGCUGCCGUACCACGUCAUCAACAUGGUACAGGUGGCAGCUGCUUGGUACCCAAAGAACUCACCCAUAAGAGAAAGAUUAGAUACCAUCUCUCAGUCCAGCCGUGCAGUGACCUCAGCUUUGGCCUUCAUCAGCAGUUGUGCUAACCCAGUCCUCUACACCUUUGCAGGGAAAUCCUACAUCAAGAAAAAUGGUUUUGCCUUCAUGGCUAAGCUAUUUGAGGGAACAUUAUCAGAUCAAACAGGAACCAAAAGCACCCGACUCACAACUUAUGACAAUGUCGGAGAGAGUAAUGUUGAUUGUCAAAAUCGUACAGUGGCUUCUACUCCAGAGAACAGGAAUGUUGAAUGAACUUCAUACACUAACAGACUGUAUAUAUAAAUGAAAGCACUUAAAAUUGUGUAAAGCUUUAUGUGGACUUAUAGAUUUUAGGCGACACACAACAAGCAUUAGCACAGCAUUUUUUUUUUAUUUAAAAUGUGAUAACACAAUUAAAGUGGAAGUCAGGAGUGUAAGCACAAGCAGUUUACCUUUGUCUACGUGCAUCUGAAUAUCUGUAAAGUCUCAGGUCUGUAAAUACGUUAAAACUACAGUUUUAACGUAUUUACAGUUUUUAUUCCUUAAUGUAAAGACUGAUUUUGUAAAAUAAAAAUGGUGUGAAUGAAAA